AUGGACAGGCUGUACAAGGAUGUCAGCGAGGAGUUUUUAUCGGGGCUCAGGAGGUACAUCAACGAUGAGAUUUCGUAUUCUGAGCUGAAAAGGCUUUCCACCAGAGAGGCUCUUGCAUUUGAUAGCCACAAAUGGGACGAAAUUAUCGAGAAGAAAUCUCUUGAGGCACUCGGGAUGAAGAGAAGGAUGUAUGACGAAAUCUUGCAGAUUGAAGAGCGUGUCAAGACGAUGGAGAAGCUGGAGAGAGGGGAGGAGUUUGAUGCCGACCUUGAGGGAUUGGUGUCACAUUCCGGAGUUGUAGGGAGGAACAGAUCGCAUCCUCCGGGAUAUGAAAACACCAGCCUGUAUCUUCCGCCGUUUCCUUCUUUACCCAUGGUAAGCUUUCUGAAUGACUCUGAGGGCGAAAGUUCUGCAGAAAGCCAGGGCCUGUAG